ACGAUGCAGCGCGGUUGCAUACAACAUAGCCAUCUUGUCAAGAGUGACUGAGUGAGGGAGGUAACUGUAGGCGCUGUUUAGAUUCUCAUUUGUUUUAAAGCGUGAAAUUUAAGAGCGUUUUCCUCCCUCGGCCGCGAAGUAAGCGUCGCCACCGAAUGACUUCAAGCUCGUGAAGUGAGUGAGUACAAAGGACUGCUUUCGGGAAGAUGUCUCACAUACUUGUUCCGACGUAGGGGGAGUGUGCAGCAGCCAGUUGGCUUGACUUGCUAGCUAGCUCAGUGAGUGGAGGGCUGCGGGCCCUCCUCAGCCUAAAGUAGCUCCUGCAGCUGGGCAACACACUGCGACAACGGCCGUUUGACAACUGCAGAACCGGGACAUUAGCAGGCCGGUCCGGACUGGCCGAAAGCUCUGGAUCAAUCAUCGAACAGGCUGAAAGCCGCAUUGCUGGACAAGACGAGACGAAACGAAGUGUGGCGUUGCGUUAUGAGCUCAUGAAACGCAACAGGAGACCGAGAGAGGAAGAGGGAUGGCGUAGAUUCAUCUCGAUUACAUUUAGCUAGGCUGAGUAAAAUAUGUAAGUGUGCUGUUUAAUAUGAUCUGAGCUUUUAGAAGCUGCAACCAGCUCGUCCCUUUCUGACGGAGGAUAAACAUAGCCAUACGGGACUUGGAAUCAGGCUCUCAAUAUGUCGAAAAUGCCGGCCAAGAAAAAGAGCUGUUUUCAGAUCACAAGUGUGACUCAGGCCCAGGUGGCGGCUAUAGGUGCCACCGACGACACGGAGAGUCUGGACGACCCAGAUGAGUCACGGACUGAAGAUGUGUCGUCGGAAAUAUAUGACAUGUCACGGGCUGAGUACGAGCCUGUGUGUGACAGAAGUUCAUCUGAAGAAGCCCUGAAUAAUGUUGGAGAACCAGAGGCAAUCGGUGUUAUGGCAGCAUCACACAUACCUCAACCCGGUCAGCUGUCUGCGCUGUCAAGCAAUCCCACUGUGGAGUUUCGAAAAGUUGGAGUGUUGGGCUCCACUGAAGGUGGUCAGCAGCCGCUGGGGAUUGGCGUUACACCUGGUUUACCCUUUAUCACUCAGCCUGGGGCAAUGCAGCAACAGCCUGCUCCAGCAGCCAGCGCUGGGCCAGCCAGUGUGUCAGUAAACACAUCCCAACCUGCUGCAGUGACCAGUUCAGCUCCUCCUGCCACCUCCACGGUGAGUUGCACUUCACGCUUCAGGGUCAUUAAACUCGAUCAUGGUACUGGAGAACCCUUUCGAAGAGGCAGGUGGACGUGUACAGAGUUUUAUGAGAAAGACUCCGAGGGCUCUGCUGCUGUUAGUAGGACUGUAGAUAGCAUUAGGCAUGCCAGUGCAACACUGGACCCUGCUGCAGACCGAGACAGUGGGCUCGGGCAUACAGGAGGAUCUGUGGUUGCCCCAGCAACGCAUUCAGGUCAGGGCCUGGGCUCCAUGGCAGAUGCUUCUCUCUCUUCAUCCCGCAUGCAUUCAGUAGAGACACUACAGCAGCAGCAACAAAUCCACCAUCAGAACUACAGCGGCCAGCAACAGGGUGUUAGUGGGUCGACCACGCAUAGUGCUUUCUCCAGCAGCAAGCCUACAGCUGUCCCAGCUCAGCCAACAGUGGGAGGUCUCCAGCCCUCUGCUCCCCAGAGCACGCUGCCUGUCGGACAAAACGGCCUGCCUCAAUCUGGUGUCCACAUACAGAAGUCCCCCAUCAUGCCUCCUUCAGCCCAGCUUCCUGUGGGCCACCACCUGACCAGCCAGUCUUCUGGACUGCUACAAAACCAGACCGAGUACUAUCAACAGCAACAGCCCAUUUCCAUGCAGCCAGCGCUUUCCACUGGUCAGUCCCUCCCAGUGUCCAGCCUCUCUGCAGGGCCACAGCCUGUGGGACAAGGACUUGCUACGGUCUUGCCUCCAACGUCCGGUGGGGCUUCUGUGCUAAGUCAGGUUGGAGAUGCUGCAGCAGGGGGAUCUGUACCUACUGGACAGCCAGCUCCGGGCCUCUUGCAGCAGCACACUGGAGGAAUGGGAGGUGUCGGAGGCUCCAUACUGGUUGGUGGAUCCACUUUGCAGCAGCAGACUGUGAGUCAGUAUGCAGCUGCUGGACAGCCUCAACCCCACGGCCUCCACCCUACAUCCUCUGGUGUACAAAAUGUGCCUGCCAUCGCAGUGAGCUCCAGUGUGCCCACCACUGUCCCCACUGCUGUGCCCAGUGCCUCCAGUGCAGCCAUGCCAAAUGUGACAACCUCCAGUUUGCCUCCAGGUCAGAUACCCCACAGCAAGACUCCAGUAGCUUUUGGGGUGCAGGGCCUCUCAGCAACUGGAUAUGGACAUGUGGAGGGUGGUGGUGGUGGAGGGAAGUCAGAGGGUCCCGUCAAUGCACAGUCUCCUGUUAUCUCUGGGAAGGAACCGGUGAAGUCCCUCAUGCCUGAGAGCCUGCAGCUCGCCACCCCGACUGUCAACAGCCUGUUUGGAAUCCACAUAUCUGUCGACGGGGAUGUGGACAGGAACCCCUCCAAGGCUUUCUACCAGGCCUUCCAGUCUGGCAGCAGAUUAAGGGACUCAAAGGCCCACUGUGAUAGGGCCUCUGGAACCAAUGUUGCUGCCAUUGAUAAUAAAAUUGAACAGGCAAUGGACCUGGUGAAAAGCCAUCUGAUGUAUGCAGUGCGUGAAGAGGUGGAGGUCUUAAAGGAGCAGAUCAAGGAGCUGUAUGAGAGGAACUCUGUGCUGGAGAGGGAGAACGCCGUGUUGAAAUCUCUGGCCAACAGCGAGCAGCUGUCUCAGCUGUCCAACCAGUCGGCCACCAGCUCUGGCACCACGCCUCCCCAGCAAGGACUCAGCCAGCCUCAGCCUCAACAGGCCCAGCCUCCGCUUCAAGUUCAGCCUCAGUCCCAGCUCCAGCAGCACCCCAAACCCCAGCAGCUCGAUCCUGGCCAACAACAACUGCAACCCAACGUCACCUCCGCUUGAAGUGCAUCUGCCCUGCUUCUCAUAGGGCAGAAAAAAAAAAGAAGAGCAUCUUCUCUGCAACUUAUUACAAUUAGUGUAUGUGAAAUUAAAAAGAAGGAAAAAAACAACUUUUGUCUUCUUAGCCACCAGCUUGACCACAAAGUACAGUGUUUGUACGUGUGUGUGUGUGUGUGUGUGUGUCCGGGUGAGUUAGCAAGCAAGUGUGACUGUGAAAUGUUAAGUGUGUAUGCAUCUGUACGGUGGGCCUUUCCAGUGUUAAUGCAAUCAUCGAGAGAGAGAGAGAGAGAGAGAGAGAGAGAGCGAGAGCGAGACAGAGACAGAGACAGAGAAAGUGUGUGUAGAGAGUCUCGGGGAAGGUCGGGGUGCCGUUUUUCAUCUUGGCUAAGAGGUUGACUGCUGGGUCCAUGCUUGUAGACAGGAUGUCUUGUCUUGGACCAGGCCCAAGCUAGACCGGCCUGCGACCUGACCUGAAACCUGCUCAAACCGUGGGUGCGGAAGGGGAGGGGAUCACCUCACAUAAGGGACAAACGGGGAGUGAUUGUGAAAAGAGAGCGAUUAUUUUUUUAAAUGAGCUAAUUGAGUGGAUAAAGGGGUAUUUUUAGCCUUGCUGUUUCAUGUUGUAAAGUAAGAAGCGGAAGAGAGUCUGUUUUUUUUUCGGAGCGCCACACUGCUGCCGUUACUUUUACAUCAAGUCCCACCCUUGCAAUGGUCUUUUGAGUUCUGUUAAGUGUUUUAUUUAUUACAGGGCUGCUAUUUUCAUAAAUGAACAAUUCCAUGAAACCUGUUAAACAGUAGCCCAGUGACUCAUUUCCUCUUUUCUUUUACAGUGUUUCAACAGUUUGGCCAUACUUCUCUGGGGCAACGCUUUAUAUUUAAUUGUCAAAAUGUAGGCAAAAAAAGAAAUUCUGACAAAUGUUUAACACUAAAUCAAAUUUUACUGCAAUUGCCAAUUCAUUGCUCAAGUCAAGAUCCAGUAUGAAUGUACAUUUUUGUAUAGUGUAAAGUAUUAAGAGCCUUGAUGGGUGACUCUUCACCUGUUGACAUCAAAUCUUAAUGUGAGCCUGAAGAUGGCAUUUGAUGAAAAUUCAAUUCUGUUGGUAGUUUUAUCUAAAAGUGAAUUAGUAUUGCCAUGCCCCCACCCCCCCUUCAUGUUUUUUCCCCAGUGUUUUUCCUGAAGGGGCCGGGGGGGGGGAAGCUGUGAAAUCAUACAACCUACUUUGUAACCAAAGAUGCAAAGCUGUGUAGAUUAAUUAUUUUUAAAUGCACACUCGUAUUUUUUUUUGUUACUUCCUCCUUCACAAAAUAUUUUGUUGCUGUUUCAGCAUGUUCUGCAUGAUCUGUAAUCUUCAAACCACUUUCUUACCUCAUUUUUAUUCCGCACUCUUAUUGUAAGAUAGUCUGUGAACAGUGUAAAUGGGGAAAAAUGAUGCAGUCAGACAGAGAGGAAAAUAACCUAGUGUUACUGACACUAGUCACAGAAAAAUGAAGUGAGCCAUGUUUUGUUCAUUUAAAUGGUGUUUGAAUUUCAUAUGCCAAUAGUUUUGUUACAUUGCAAAUUUUAAUGUAUUUAAAUAAAAGCAAUAUUCAGAUUCCAAAA